CAAUGACACACCCCUCUUUCUUCUUGUUCUUCUUACUCGGUGCCCAUUCCCUCUCUUCCUCUCUUUCCCAUUCCCAUUCCCAUUCCGAUUUAGGGUUUUGCUCCGAUCAACCCUCCGAUAACAUGGCUACUCUCGGCGCUCCACGCGAUUCCAACGCCGAUGUCCACUCUCUCGCCAAAUUUGCCGUUGAUCACCACAACAAUAAAGAGAAUAUGCUGCUUGAGCUAGUCAGGGUCGUCAAGGCGCAAGAGCAAGUGGUCGCUGGCACGAUCCAUCACCUUACCCUCGAAGUUACCGACGCCGGGAAGAAGAAACUUUAUGAGGCCAAAAUUUGGGUUAAACCAUGGGAGGAUUUUAUGCAGCUUCAAGAGUUUAAACAUGUUGGGGACGUUCCUUCCUUUACCUCAUCCGAUCUCGGUGCUAAGAAGGAAGAAGAUGUGGCUGGCUGGAAAUCAGUGCCGGUGCACGAUCCUGUUGUUCAAGAUGCUGCUCACCAUGCUGUCAAGACCAUCCAGGAGAGAUCCAACUCUUUACUUCCUUAUGAACUUAGUGAGAUUGUGCACGCUAAUGCAGAGGUUGUUGAAUCAUCUGCCAAAUUUGACAUGCUUCUGAAAGUGAAAAGAGGUGGUAAAGAGGAGAAGUUUAAGGUUGAGGUGCAUAAGAACGAUGAAGGUGGUUUCCAAUUGAACAAGAUGGAUGCUGAUCACUAACUGUUUUAUUAGCAUAAAUGUUCUUUUAUAAACUCCAAACUUGACUAGCGCUACUUGUGUAGGCUUUUCUAACUUGUACUCAUGUUGGUUUGGUCUGGUUUAGUUUAGUUUGGUUUGUUUUUAGGUUUUGUAAUAAUCAACUCGUGUAUGUCUCUGUCAACUACUCAUGUUUUGUUGUGUCUGGAUUAUGUAAUUUGAGUAGGAACUUAUCACUUAUAAGGCUUGUUCGGCUGCUACUUUACUCCA